CAUAAUCUUUUUUUGUUCUUUUCAUUUCGAUUCACACAUCAUGCUGUGUACAGAAAGUACCGAACUAUAUAACCGCAAGUUAUUUUCUGUUUUAUUCUUCUGUCAAGGAACGAUGAAGUAUUUGAUUCUAAUGUGAGAGCCGUAUUUUCUGUAACAGGUGAACGAAAACAUGGAAACGUGUCCAGACAUUUUUGUAUCUAAAAACACUGAAAAACCUUGGCUCAUGCCGUUCCGUACACCCGGACGACAUUCAUUCCCAACAUUCAGACAUUGUUUGGUUAUCGAACAUCCGAUCUAUCUCCAUUCCGACCUUCGGGACUUUUCAUUCCGAACAUCCGGACUUUUUCCAUAAAAACACGAGCUCCGAACGGACUACUCUGUCGGAUGUCCGUAAGAGAAAGCAAGAACGAAAAGGGACGCGGCCGGACAAGCGACCUCUCGCAGAUGACUUUGAAAAGGUUUUUUUUUGCAGCCUUGAAUUUUGAUCGUCGAUGAUCAAAAAGCACAUCAUUUGGUAGAGGAUUUCAAGCCCGACUCAGCUGAAUGAAAGAAAAAGUUUUAGAGCAUCCUUUUAAAAUCAAUCUUAGAAGCGCGUAGAUUUUUUCUUACAAAGUGCUAUACUACAAGAGAAAAGAGAAUAAACUAUAUUUUAACGAACAUCCGUUCUUUUCUGUUACGAACAUGUGCAGUAGAGCACGUGAAUGUCGUUUCAUUCUCUGUUUACUUUGCAUAAGGCUUUUUGAUAGUUAAUGGUUUUGCCCGUUGUUUCACCAUGAAUCGUUAAACUCGCUAAAAACAAGCAUAAACUAACUGUAUGUACCUGAAACUGAAAUUCACAUUGAGCGUUAACAAACCGCUUUUGAACAGUUAUAAUAUCAUCAGUUUUUAACCACUAGUCAACGAAGCAUGCACUCUUUUGUUUCGCUAUUAUGACUAUUGUAUUCAAUCGGGACAAUAAAAUAAUUGAUUUAACCGUGUUCCUCUUCUUUGCAAAAUUCAUGUGGUUCAUUCAUUUUAAAUUUAAAAUGUUAAAUUCAUUAUUUAUUGCGCCAAAAUAUGCAUUUUUAUUAUCAUGGCAUAAAGAGUGCUCUCGUUUUCCGCAACCAUGACGCCGUGUAACUUAAAUUUUGUCGGUCGAUAGAGCAAUUAACUCUCUACCAGAAACACAUUAUUUCAUACGUCAGCAAUUUGGGUUCCGAAAUAGGCCGCCGAUGCUUAUCAGAGAUAAUGAUUUAAUAUUUUCUCUGUGUAUAAAUCUGAUGGUGACCAGUGAGUAUGCUUCGAAUAUGCAGCGAUGUUUGCUCUACGGCGGGAACGCGUAACUGUCACCCUCUGUUGCGGUGCGUUGAAGGUUGAAACAAGAGAAACGUGCCAAUGCCAUUUUAAAGAGCAAUAUCGAAAACGUAUAGAUAGAAUAUUUUCAGUGUCAUAAAGCGACACAACGUAUGCAGCGAUACGUGCUUCUAUUAGUCAAACAGUAUCAGGAAAUAUGUACUACUCCCUUUGUGCUUUACGUAAUGCCUUCGAGAAAAACAAAUAGAUAUUUGGGUUGAGCGCUUUGAGAGCUGCCAAAACAUGUGUUUUGUUGUGUAUUUUAGUUGAGUUUUAGGGAGAAAAACGGACUUAAAUGCCUGUUUUUCAUCGAAAAAUACACUCAUAAGAAUAUCAUUGUUUUCAGUUGACUCUAAUCAUGUACUUAUUUCUAAGAGAGAUAGUGUCUCCCAGAUGGAUGUUUUACGCAUAAGAACUAUAGAAUAUAUUUGUUUAGGUAAAAAACCCUUCUUUUGUUCUUGCUUACAUCGACUUAGCCAGCUAUUUGUUACCCUUAGCAGUAUAUCUUUUCUAUCAAAUCAGGCUUAAAAGCUCAUUAUUAGAUACAGUUUUUUUGCACUGAUGACGAAUAUCAACUUUAAAACGAACGAAACUCAAAUUUUUAAAUUGAAAGCUCAAAUUCGAAAUUCGUAAGCUUUUUUAUUUCAAUUUUCUGACAUUUCAAAAAGUAUUCGGUGGAUAGAGAACUACGUUUUUUACACAAUGCACUAUUGAUUUGGCGAAAACAAUCUUAAAAAACGCAUUUUAAGCACUAAACACCUUUUCGAGGAUUUUUCACGAAAUUAAAAUAGAGUAAAGUUUUUGGAGUAAAUUUUGCAGUAAUUCUGCGAAAAUCAAACGCAUUUCUCCCAUCGAUUUUUAACGCUUAGUUUGAUAGAGAGCACUCGAUUGCAUAAGGUUCAUGGAAAUUAAACGCAACGGAGAGAAAGAAAUUGAUGUAAUUCCAUUGUGCUCGCUUCUCUUCAUUUAAGCGUUUCGAAGUGGGAGCUUCAAAAGCUCUUUUAUCUUCUACAAUUUUGUAGUACACUUUUUUCUGAAUAAGUCUCGUUUCAGAGCAUUUGUCAUAGUUUGCAGAGCUCUAGAAAAAAGAGACUAAAACAUGUAAUUCUUUUGCUUAUAAAAACCGUUCUACUGAAUCGAUCCACUCCAUACUUUUACCACAAACCAAGCACAUAUCUGGUAAAAAUUUCAAGUUUAGUAUUGUUUAGUAUUUGUGGAGAAACAGAGCUCAAGAGUGAAAAAAAUAUAAUUCCGUCACGUGCGCGAACAGUUCAAUAGUGUUGAAUAGUUUUUUUUCUAUAAUAAUUGACAUUGCACCUAGAUAUUUAAACUUUUGAUUGCACACAAUAAUUGAACAAAUUCAUGCAAUGAUAUACAAAGUACAAAACCGAUAUUCAGAAGCAUUACAAAUUUAUGAUAAAUGUCUUCACAUGUUUAUAAAUGUACUACCAAGUAUUCAUCCUCUGACUGCAACUAUCUAUAAUAAUAUGCAGAUAUCUAUUAUGAACUUGGUGAUUAUGAUAAAGAUAUUGAAUAUUUAAAUAAAACGUUAGAAAUUGAAUUAAAUACAGUUGCUACAAAUCAUCCAGAUUUAGAUAGAACCUAUCAUAAUUUAUCUACGGCAUUUCAUGAACAGAAUAAACUUAAUGAAGCUUUAAAAUAUAUGCAAAUGGAAAAAAUGUUUACCACUCAAUCAUCCACAUUUUAUUAA